CUUACUAGAAUUAGUGUCACGUGGUAAUUAUGUUUAUCAUUUUUGUAAAAAUUUAUUUGUUACCUUAAUUGACGUUUUUUAUCAUAAGUAUGUGUAUUUGUUUAUAAUUAUUAUUGAUUAGUAAUGAAGCUGAUCUUAGUAUUAAUAGACGGAGGCAGCUGUCAGUUCGUAAUAAUCGGUAGUGACCACAAAACAAUAGUUUCUUAACCUAGAAAAUUUUAAAAUGGGUAACGAGUUUAGAGAUUUGGCCGACGAUUUAGAAAAUUGGAUGUCGCGGUUACCGCAAGAUGUGCGACAAAUACCUAUUGCUAAUAUUUCUAUACCAGGUUCGCAUGACAGCUUUACAGCCAACAUUACAAAAGACUCUGAUAUAUCCCCUGAUGCCGAAGAGAUAGUUAGAGACCUAUCAAUUUUGGGCCCCUUAUUUAAAGAGGUCAUAGCAAGGUGGUCACGAACUCAAAGUUUUUUAGCGACUGAUCAACUUAUUAGAGGUAUUAGGUACUUUGAUAUUAGGACUUCUACAAAAGAAGGAACUGAUGAACUUUAUAUAGUACAUAGUUUGUAUUCCGUACCGCUACAGGAUUGUCUAAAUGACAUAAAUACUUUCUUAUCUACUCAUCCUCAGGAAGUAGUAAUAUUGGAUUUUCAACAUUUCUUUGGUUUUGAUGAUAGCAUCCAUAAAAGACUGGCACAAGAUAUUAAAAAUACUUUUGGAGCAAAAUUAAUACCAUAUACAAAUAAAAUGGAUACAAUUACAUUAGAAUCUAUGGCUAAUAAUCAAUAUCAGAUAUUUGUUAUAUACCGUAUACAGGGAACAUCUUUCUGGCCUACAGAAACAUUUCCAAAUCCUUGGCCGGAUACUGUUUCAAAGCAAGACUUGAUUAAUUCUUUGGAUACUAACCUUGCAAAAAGAAAUCCUGAUAUUCCGUUUAUUUCCCAAUGUGUUCUUACACCAGAUGCUGGAUUUAUUAUUGCCAACUUUUUAAGUUCAUUGGAAGAAAAAUGUGCCAAAGAAUUAGAGUCGGAUAGAAUAAAAUGGAUUGAAGCUCAGAAGGCUGGGAAAGGUGGACUUAAUAUUAUUAUAGCUGACUUUAUAGAAUUGUCUGAUUGUAAAUAUGUUAAAGAUGUUAUUAACGCUAAUCAAGCUCUAGUAAAUACAAACUAAAUAUAUUUCUAUGUUUAGAAAAACUGUGACAUAGAGAACAGAUAUUAUAGGCUAAUAUAAAUGUUAAAAAGACAAUAAAAGACAAGAACAAUGUCAAGUAUUAAAAGACUAAACUUUAUUA